CCGACGGCCAAUUCUUGGCCCCUGGCGCGCAUAUGAUCGGCGAGAGAAGCAAAAAUGGCGGAUUCUGCAGAAUCCGAUUCUCACAACACCGAUUCAGUAUUUGUUUGGGAUGAAAGCUCUAAGCUUUACUUCCAUGCCAGUAGUGGAUUUUACCACGACCCAAACGCUGGCUGGUACUAUAGUACUAAUGAUGGUCUUUACUACAAAUUCGAGAAUGGAAAUUAUGUGCUCCUUCAUUCUGAUGCGGAGACGGCUGAUAACAUUGAUAUGCCUCAAAAUGAAGUAACUGUUCAUGAAAAUUCAGUUCAAGAUGAACAUGAACCAUGUACAAAAGAUGAAUGUUGUGGUGCUCAAAACGAGAAUGGCUCAUUCUUUCAUGGUGAUGAUUAUGAAGCUGAUUUAUCAAAUCCUGUGAACGCAGAUUGUAGAAGCAGUUAUUCUCCUGAAAACCCACCUCCUCCAUCAGAAUGGUUAGAAGAGACACUCAUUGAUCUUUACUUAUCGGGCUAUUCAAACCAAGCAGUGAAUGCUGGUGAUGAUGAUGAUCUGAAAUUGGCAACCAAGGAGACUGAUAACAUUGAAUUUCAAGCUGAUGUGAAUGUUGAUGAUUACGAGUUAGAAGAGGGUGAGUGGAUUCCUGAAGACGAUUUUGAUGUAACUCAAUCAUGUGAAAACAUAUCAAAUGAAGGUGCUUCUUGGGAUGAAGAGAAUUGGAGAGCUCAGUAUGGUCAAGUCAUUCAACCUUCCGAAGAGACUAUUCCAGAGGUCCCUGCCGUUGAUUUAUGGGACUGGUCUAUGGUUAGGGGGUCUAGAAAAGAUGGUAAAGGUGAGAUUUCAAGGCUUGUUGGGAGACUGAUGAAGAGAUCUGCGAAGCUCCAUCCCUCUAUGCCUACUGGUGGCGGUCUUCUGAAGACUGCACCAAUAUGUGAAGUGCAUCUUGAUCUGGUACGAGUAAAAACAGGACAAAUAUAUAAGUUACGGAAUCCGAGUGCAAAAUUCUUAGGUUCCCUGUUGACGUUUGAUUCUUCUAACCCAACCAAAGACUGGGGAUUUCCUGAACUGUCCUUUCAAGAGCAACCCCGUCCUUAUUCUAAAUCCACGGAGAAGAUUGAAUCAAAAACUGCUGAUGGUUUAGUUGGCAAUGAUUUCCCUCCAUGCCAAGAUCAGGUUCCAUCUUUGGACAAGAAUAGAAGCUGUGCAUAUAGAGACAGAGCUGCUGAGAGAAGAGCCUUGCAUGGAGGAUUCGGUGUGGGUCCAGGACAAAAGAAUACAAUGGUUGGUGAUAUGCCAUCCUCACCUGUUUCGGACUCUACAGAGGAAGCUGCAGCCGAGGCAUUGAACAUGACAUUUGGAGCCGGAAGUUACGCCAGAAAAAUUCUAGAAAACAUGGGUUGGAAAGAGGGGGAGACACUAGGGAAAACCAUGAAAGGCUUAGUUGAACCUAUACAAGCAGAAGGAAAUAUUGGGAGCGCUGGAUUGGGGUAUCCUAGGGUAAGAAGAAGAACUAAGCAUUGAUUUGAUCACAAUCCCCAGCCCACCAUUACCACUCUUUGUUGACACUUUUUUUCUUUUUCCUGCAUUUCACUUGAUGCUUCUGUUAACUAGAGGAUGUGUUAUGCUGUAAUUUUUUCAAAGGAAGAGAAAGUGAAGUAAAGUGCGUCAAAGUCAAUAGUAUUGGCAAAAAAAAAAAAAAGCUUUGCUAGCUGUUAUCUAUUUUAUUUGGAAAAUUUGAUUAAUCAUGCGGACAUUAGGCCAAAACUAAAAAAAAAUAAACCAAAAGUUAGAUACUCUAUGAAA